GCCACAUAAUGGAAACAAAAUCCAAUCACUUUGGUUGGUUCAUCGUUGGUGAUGAGAUGAGUCAAACAAUCAACUAAUUGUGUUUAAUUUUGUGUUGUUUUUUAAUUAAUUUUUCGUCGUCUUCGGUAAUUGUUCACAAGAUUCUUCAUCUCCAUGUCUAGAUGGAACUGUGAUAAUAUCUUCUAUUCCAAAUGAUUAUCAAUACAAUUUAAUAUCGGAAAAAAAGAGGAACACCAAAAACAAUGGCCGAUAAUCAACAAUCUUGUGUCCACCAUUUAUCUUGUCUUGGUCAAUUUAAUUUCUCUUCACUUACCAAUCAGUGUUCUCACCUUCAAUAUAUUAGUAAACCAGAUAAGAUAAUCCAAUCACCAUCACCAUCACCAUCAUCAUCAUCAUCAUCAUCAUCAUCAUCGUUAUUAAUUCUGUCAUUGUUAUUAACAAGCAAUGUAAAUAUUGAUAUGAUUUCUUUUUGUGUGUUUUAAUUGUUUCCAAACUGUUUCUCAAUAAUUGAGUAAAUUUAUUGAUUGUUUUACUCUUAUAGUGCCUUAAUUGUGAUACUAGUAAUCCAUUAUAAUCUGUGUUCUAACAAAUUACUAGAGAUAAUCUGAAUUCUAUUCUCUCUCUCUCUCUCUCUCUCUCUCCUGGUUUAAAUUGUAAUUUAUCUCUAUUUAGGUAUAAAUAACUCUUCCAUUUAAGUUAUGUGAUCUUUGUUACCAAGGUAGUUAUUAACUCGAAAGUUAAUUCUGCUGAUUAACUAAGAAUUUUAAGAAAAUUAUUGACCAGAAUCUUUAACGACACAAUAUAUAUUCAAGUGAUUUACUCUCUUAUGUUUAUUAUCUCAUCUUGUUUAACAUCAUCUUAACAUCAGACCUUUUGGCCUGGUGACACAAGGUCAUGGGUCAAGGUCGAAAUGGUUGUUGUACUCGACUUCAUCUACGAGAAGAAAAUGCCAGAUUCUUACUAUUGGCAAUUGUUUUACUUAUCUACAUGGUUCUUGGUGCAACUUUAUUCAAUCUAAUUGAAGGUGAUGAAGAGAUACGAUUAAAGUUACGUUAUAUUGCUCAUUAUGAUGAAUUUGUGACUAAAUAUGCUUCCGUUAUCAACAUAACUGAAUUUAAUGCAAUACUUCAACAUUAUGGUAAUGUGACAACCUCAAUUGGAAUAAUGGACAAACAUGGACAGUGGGAUUUUUCCGGUUCAUUUUAUUUCGUUGGAACUGUUAUAUCAACAAUAGGUUUUGGUAUGUCUUCACCAAAGACACUGAUUGGUAGGAUUUUGUUAAUUAUCUAUGGUUAUUUUGGCUGCUCUGGGGGCAUUUUAUUUUUCAAUCUAUUCUUGGAACGGAUAAUAACCAUGUUGGCCUCAUUGAUGCGUUUCUGGCAUGAACGAGAGCAACGUCGUGCUCUUGCUGCAUCGGGAAUGCGUCGGGAUUCAACCGUCUCUUUGGACGAUGGACUUGAAGAUUGGAAACCCUCCGUUUAUUGGGUCAUGGUUGCGCUUUUAACUGGCACGCUAACGGUUGCAUUGAUCGCGUCAGGAGUUUAUAGUUCACUUGAAGAUUGGACAUUCACCGAGUCGAUAUAUUUUUGUUUCGUAGCCUUUUCAACAAUAGGUUUUGGUGAUUUUGUCCCAAAUCAGAAAUCUGAUUAUCCUAAUCCAUUGGCUUAUCGAGUGGCUAAUUUUUUCUUCAUCGUUUUUGGUUGCUGUUGCAUUUACAGUCUAUUCAAUGUUACGUCAAUUGUGAUUAAACAAUUUUUAAACUGGAUAAUUAAACAAUUAGAUUGUCAGUGUAGAUGUGGCCGGUCAAAGAAACGAUCACCAAUAUUUACACAGGUAACAAGGAUGAGGAGAAAUGCAAUCACACCAAAUCAUUUACGAUCAAUACGAACUGGAGGAGGACCAGGAUCGGGAUCGGGUGGUGUUGGUCCGAGUUCCAAGUCUACAAGUGAACAGGUAUCAUGUUCCAGUUGUACAGUUAGUGGAUCAGGUUUACCAUCGGUAGGAGGUGGUGGUCAAAGGAAAUCAAUUGUUACAGUACGAACAAGUUCAGCUGAUAUUCAAUCUGAUCUUGAUUCUAAUUAUGAUUCUGAUGGUGAGAAAGAUUUUACCAUGAGAGAUUUACUCAAAUCAAAUAAGGUUUCAUUGGCUAUUCUUCAAAAAGAGCUCUAUGAAUCAGCUCAAAGGUCAAGAUAUCGGAGUCCACCGAUCUUAUUACCAUCUCGAAUCCAUGAGGAAUCAGAUGAUUUCAAGAGAGGAGCAGUUGGUCCACUGGCCAUUGUCCGUAAAACUUUGGGUGAUGAUGAAACCUGA